UGAUGGCCUAAUCACUAGUCAGACAGUCAUCAGCACAGCAACGAACAAAAAAUCAACCACAUGAUCCGUACCACACUUAUUCUGUAGCAUGCAAAUGAACAACGCGGAGCAAUUCUGCACCCUGCUCUCCAAAACCUGCAAAUCCCUCCGAUCUCUCCUCCAAUUCCACGCCCACGCCACCAAAUCCGGCCUCGACUCCGACCUCCUCGUCGCCGGAAACCUCCUGCUCCACUGCGCCGUCAACCUCUCCGGCGCCGCCCUCCGCCACGCCGCCCUCCUCCUCCGCCACUCCCCCAAUCCCGACCCCUUCAUGUACAACACCCUCAUCCGCGGCUUCUCCCAAUCCCAUUCCCCUCACAAAUCCAUCUCCACCUUCUCCCAAAUGCUCAAAAAUCCAAACUCCCCACUCGACUCUUUCACCUUCGCCUUCACCCUCAAAUCCGCCGCUAACAUGCGCUGCUUAAGAACAGGAACUCAGUUGCAUUCGCAGGCCUUGCUGCGCGGCCUUCGUAGCCAUCUCUUCGUCGGGACGACAUUGCUGAGCAUGUACGCCGAAUGCGGCAGGAUCGAAUUUGCACAGAAGGUGUUCGACGAAAUGCCUGACCGGAAUAUCGCCACGUGGAACGCGCUGGUGACAGCUUUUUUCAGGUCCGGCGACGUGAUCGGAGCCGAAAGGGUGUUUAAUUCGAUGCCGGCGAAGGGUUUGAUCUCUCACAAUUUGAUGAUAGCCGGGUACGCCAAGUUCGGCGAGUUCGUGUUGGCGGAGAAGGUGUUCGACGAAAUGCCUAGUAGGGAUGACGUGUCGUGGGGUACUAUGAUCGUCGGGUUCGCGCAACACGGAUGGUUCGAUCAUGCGUUUCGGUAUUUUCGGGAGUUGGUGAGGGCGGGGACGACGCCGAGUGAAGUGAGUUUGACGGGCGUUUUAUCCGCAUGCGCGCAAAUGGGCGCGUUGGAGUUUACGAAGAUUUUGCAAUGUUACAUCGAGAAAGUCGGGUUACUAUGGAUGAUAGCGGCGAAUAACGCGCUCAUCGAUGCGUAUUCGAAGUGUGGAUAUACAGACACAGCUCGAUUGGUGUUCGAGAGGAUGCCGGGAGGAAAGAGCGUCGUUUCUUGGACGUCGAUAAUCGGGGGUUUGGCAAUGCAAGGCUACGCCGAGGAGGCGCUCAAUCUUUUCAGCAAAAUGGAAGCUUCUAGAAUCUACCCUGACGGAACGACUUUCAUCGCUGUCCUUUAUGCAUGUAGUCACGCCGGUUUGGUCGAUCGAGGGCGUGAAAUUUUCGACAAGAUGAGUAGGGUCUACGGUGUCGAGCCUCGGAUAGAACAUUACGGUUGCAUGGUGGAUCUAUACGGCCGCGCGGGUCAACUUACGAAGGCGUACGAGUUUGUCAUCGACAUGCCGGUUCGAGCCAACGACGUUAUAUGGCGAACGCUUCUCGGGUCGUGUACAUUUCACGGGAAUGUGAAAUUGGCGGAGGAGGUGAGGGGAAGGCUAUCGGAGUUGGAUCCGGGGAAUUCCGGCGACCAUGUUUUGUUGUCGAACGUCUAUGCUUGCGCGGGCAAGUGGAAGGACGCGGCGUCGGUGAGAAAAGCCAUGGCCGAGCGUAACUUGGCGAAAACGCCGGGUUGGAGCAUGGUCGAAGUGAAUAAGGCGAUGUACACGUUCGUCGCGGGCGUGAAGGAAGACGACGUGACGAUGGAGGCUUACGAGAAGUUGAAGGAAGUAAUGGCGAGGGUUAGAGUCGAGGGGGGUUAUGUUCCGGAGGUUGUCGAUGUUUUGCACGACAUCGAAGAGGAGGAGAAGGCGGGCGCGAUCGUUGCGCACAGCGAGAAAUUGGCGGUGGCGUUUGCGAUGGCGAGGGCGGCGGCGGCGGCGGCGCCGGGGAAUGGAAAUGGGAAUGGAGGGGUUGUGAGAGUUGUGAAGAACUUGAGAGUUUGUAAGGAUUGUCAUGGUGUGAUGAAGUUGAUUUCGAAGGUUUAUGAGAUUGAGAUUUUGCUUAGGGAUCGCAGUAGGUUUCACUCUUUUAGAAAAGGGAUUUGUUCUUGUCGAGAUUAUUGGUGACAAUCAAAUGAAACCAUAAUGGGGUUUUGAUUUUUGAUUUUGGGCUUUAGGUUUUGUCAAUUUGGAGUAUUGACUUUAAUGUGUUUUUUACAACAACUAAUAUUCUUUAUUAGGAUAUACUCCCUCGCCCAAGCUGCUAUAAAUUUACUUCUAAACAAGAGAUAUUACAAUGCUUGAUUUUUAUGUUUUUUUGAUAAAUUUGGAAAAAUUUUAGUUUGAAUUUGAUAUUAAGGGUGUGUUUGUUUGGGGGUUUGGAUUUUGAGUUGAGAUUUGAAUAGUAAAAAUUUUGAAUUUGAAUAGUUAUAUGAUGUGAUAUAAAUGGGUGUUAUGAUUUGAUGUUUUGGGGGAA